AUGCAUCGAGCGUUUUGCCUCUCCGUGCGCGUGUCUCCUCUGUCUCUCCUGCCCCUGUGCGGCGGCGAUUCGCAGGACCCCGCCGAGGCCGCGGCACUCGCCCAACAAGCCCGCGAGAGGCUUCUCGCCAUUGCUCAGACUCAGGCGAAACUCCGCCGAGAGCAACGACAUCUUCUGGCCUUUCUGUGGCGACUCGAGGAGCGGGGACUCUCGGCCGACAAUGCUGAUACUCCGUCGGCCGCUGACGGAGAGCGACUUGCCCUGGACGAGCAAGAAGAAAGCCCAGGGAAGUGGGAAAAAGUGAUUCCCUCUGGAAGCUCUCAAGGUGAACAGAAGGCGAGAGACAGUGGAUGCGAAGAACCAACUGCGCGAGAGACGGCAGGGCGUUGCGACGACGUGCGAGAGAAACCGAGGAGGACCGACGACAAAACGCGAGAGGCGUUCAGUCCAGCUUCUGUGUCUGGCGACGAAAGAGUCUUCGACGGCUUCUUCUCUGCUCUUUCCAGGUCGGUUCUCUAUCCUGACGAACAGCAACUCCUGCUCCUUCAACUCGAUCAGAUCUCUCGUCUUCCUUUCUCCAAUUCUCGCCGCGCAUCUCCCCCCACCGGAUCUCCCUCGCGCAUCUCUUCCGCGCUUCGCUCUUCGCCUUCUGUCUCUUCCUCCUCGUCUCCCUCUUCUUCUUCCUCCUCGUCUCCCUCUUCUUCUUCCUCCUCGUCUUUCUCUUCUUCCUCGUCUUCUUCGUCUCCCUCUUCCGCCUCUGCUGCUUUCCGUCCCUCAGCGCCGGUGAGACGCGACACUCCCUCGCGGCCGGGCGUGCGGCCCUCUUUUUGGGGCUUGGCGACCUGCCGAGCUUCGUCCAGGACUCUCGCGUUCGCUCCGCGUGUGCGCUGGCCUCCGCCGUCUCCUGCGCUUGCCUUUGCACAGACGCGCGAAGCGUCUGAGAGCGAGAGGGGCGAAUCGCAGACGGAGGACGCGACCGACGAGGCGUCCACAGACGAGGAGACGCGCACGCUCGAAGACGAAGAAGGCCUCCAAGACGAGGCGAGCAGCCUCGCUGCAGACCAGGGCGGGGCGUCCGUGAACCAGAGCGAAGUGGCGAAGCGGCAACGCAGAGAAGCGGCUGCAGAAGACCCUGAAGGAGAACCAAGAGCCGCGAUAAGAACAAACCCAAACCCUGCACGCGGCUCGAAUCACAUGGCGGGUCUCAUGCGCACGUGCAUGCAGUCGCAUUCCGCCCGUCGGCCGCAGGAGGACUUCCUUCUUGUCGGCGGGGAAUGGCACGGCUCUUCCGCGGCUCGCUGUAAACCAUCGUCAGCGAGAGAGGAUGACGGGCGAAUGGAUACGGGAGACACUGCCGACAAACCACAAAAGGAUCAACCCAACGAAGCAGGGAAGGGUGUACGCAGAGCCGAUCCCGACACCGCUGGCACCCAUUUAGAAGCUACGUCCUUGUGUGCGUCCCCUCCGUCUUCGUCCGCCGCAGAUGCUUCUUCCACUGCUUGUUCUUCGUCUGCUCCUGCGUCUCCUCGUUCGCCUUCCGCCCUCGUUCGAGUGGCGUCUGCACUGCGUAAAGGGUUGCGCGGGGACUGUGUGUCAGCCUGGCUCUCGGCCAUGCCCUCAAAUGUUCAGGCGUUUUUUCCCGCGCCGCUGCGACAGCUUCAGUUCGCGCGACACCAGUCGGCGGCCUCGAUCGCCGACGCGGCCGCAGAGCUGCGCGAAAAGGGCGAAGAAGCCUGGAGGCGAGGCGACGCCAACGCAGGCGUCGGGUUCUUCUUCUUCCACCUUUUCCUUGAGGAAGUGCUGAGGUGCGCGGCGAACGGAAGCGCAUGCACGUGCGCCCGGUGCCUGUUUGUCCCAGACUCGCAGUGGACAGAGUGCGCUAGUCAGGAGACAGAACAGGCCGACGAGACGCGCGAGGCAAAAGAAGAGACGCCAGAGACAGACGCUGAGGAGCUCCUGGCGGAAGGCGCGGCAGCAGUAGGCGCACGUACUGCGCACCAAAGAGGAGGGGAACCUGGAGCGAAGCGCGAAGACGAGGAACUCGACGCAGGCGUGCAGGCAGGCCCGCAGAGCGACUCGCUCGACGAGCGUGCGCAGACACGCCCGGGAAGGGUAGGGACGUGCGUGGGCCUCGAGAAGGCGAGAUCUGAGCGGGAAAGAGGGAGCGAGAAGGAGAGUCGGCAGGUGACUGCCAUCGACAAACAGGCCGGUGUCCGUGCACAAACCCGAGAAGAACGAGGCUUUUCGUCUGAAGCUAAGACACACCACAACCCGGAGGGGGGACAACGAGACCGGGAGAAUCUCCAGCAGCCUUCUUCGUCCGUGUGUUCCUCUUCCGCUUCUGCCUCUUUGCCCUCUGCUCCUUCUUCCGCGCCUUCUCUGCCAAACUGGAUCUCGUUCUUCUCCUGGACUCAGCCCCCGCAAGAGGAGACGCCUGCAAAUCUCGCGCCUCCACUUUCUCGCGCAGACCAGGCAGAGAACAACGAGUUGAUUCCUCAAGCUCGGGCUUCUGCGACUGCCUGCUCGCCCGUGCAACCUGUGGCCUCCUCGUUCUUGUCCGUCUCGUCGUUCUCUUCUUUCCCCACUUUGUCUUCGCUCUGGCAGGUGCAUGCGCCUCCUGCAUGCGAGCGAGCGCGAACGGUCUCUUCGCCUCGAGACGGCGCAUUUUCGGUCUCUGCGUCCUCGUUUCUUUCGGCGGAAGACGCGGAUGCAGCCCUGGCGAGUCCGGCAGCGCGGAGCAGUCCCGAGGGGAAUCUCUCCCAGAGUGAAGGCGAAAACGAGGAAAGCAAAAGGCGCACAGCCGACCUCGGCUGUCGGGCGUCCGUGGCCAGCGGGGACAAAGGCGGCGCCGAGAAGCACGAAGGCGACGCGGGCCGCUGGCAAGGAGAGGACGGAGUUGCAGCGCUCGGCGAAAAAGGCGAGGGGGAAGAAACCGAAUGCGGAGUGGAGACGGACGGCAGCGAUGUCGAGGAGCUGACGUGCGUAAUCGUCGGAGAGCGGCGAGGCGGCGAAGCGACUCUUGGCGAGGAGAAAGAAGCGCAUGCAGACACUCAGAGAGAUCCAGCAAGCAAGGAGGGGGGAAACGAAGGAAAGGCCCGAAAGGAAGGGCGAGACAAGGGUGGACCCAGAGACUCCGGACCGCAGCGAAAAAUGCAUGGCCAGGGGGCUGCUCCGGAAACCGGAUCUGUCUGGCCAAGCCACGCCCAGGCCUGCGUCGACAACACUCCCAGGGAAGAGCAGGAACGGAAGGAAGGAACGGCUGAGGUUAUUGACGUCGACGGAAGUGAAGCCUCGAGUCCGCCGCGCACAGACAGCCAACAGAGCCAGAAGCGAUGCCUCGAUUCCCCACAAACCCCGAAAGACGAGAAGGGCCAUCGUGGGCGAGAGAACGGGACAACGCUGGUCUCCAGUCUCCCUGGGAACGAGACACGGAGACGAGGAAGCGAAGAAGCAAAGGAAAACGAGAAUGCCUGUCAAUGGACAGAGCGGCCAAUCGAGAUCGAGACAAGCUGUUUCCAGAAGUCGCUUUCUUCUUCACAGCCUCAGCCGUCUUCGCCCUCCGCAUCUCCGCGGGCGUUUGCGUCUUCGUUGCGUUCUCUCUCCAGUUCACAGGGAUCGACGUCGUGCCGAUCUCUGUUCUCGUCUGCGGAAUCUGGGAAGAACCAUGGCCUGCACGAUCUCGCCGCUCUCCCUCUGCUGGAGAGGCUGAGGGCUCGUCUCGGCGGGGGAGCGUCUCUCGCGUUCUCGCCGCAACCUAGUCAGCCUCCUCGAGAUACCAGAGGCGAAUCUCCUUGUGUAGACGCAGAAAACGUAGGAGUCGAACACGUACCUACCCCUUCCCCCGCAGCUGCUACGACUCUUCCUCUUUCUCCUGCUCGAUCGUUCCCUCGUGCUCUGUCGUCUUUCUCUCCUGCCUCGUCUUCCGCUUCCCGUUCUCCCUUCCCCUCUUCGAUCCUGUGUGAAAUUGAUUGGAGCACGGCCGACGCGAGUUUGGUCGCGGCGUUUGGUCGCCAUUUCGGUCUAAAGAAGCGACUUCCGGACCCGCUUCUGCGUCGCAUGCUUCACCGCAUUUGCGUUUACUUGGUGACGCACGUUCUGCAUCCGCUCUCCUCGCUCCCGCCCUUUGAUUUUCUCCGCUCCACAAGCCACACAAGCUGGAAAGCCCCAGAGCCCCAAGCGGCGUCUUCUUCUGCCGAGGAGACACUCCCGCGCAGUUCAGAACGGGCGAGUUCAGCCCUCGCUAGACUGCCGUCGCGUCGACACGGGGAUUCGACCGUCUCCCCUUCAUCCGCCUUCUCGCGGCAGAAACAGGCGACUCGCGGCGGAGGUGAAAAUGCGCCUUGGGGAGGAGCCGAAGGCGACAGCCUCGCCCUGGGAGGGGACGAAGGAGGCGCGGGGCUCGAGAGGAGAGAAAACAUAAGCGAGAGAGAAGAAGGCGUAUGCAGCACCCCUUUGGCUGUGGGCCAGAGACGCAGUCGGCGAGGUCGAGAGGAGGCAGCAGACGAGGAGGAGGAGAACGGGGAAGAACGCGCAGCCGAACGAGGGGAGAAGAGAGGCAUCGGGGUUCCGGAGGCGUACAGGCAAGUGGCGGCAUGUGGAGAAACAGAGAGACGACCCGAGGGAGCGGAGACAGAGACAGUUGAAGGACAGGGCGAGACGAGGCGCGGCCGAGCGAAGGCGUCAGAGAGGAAGAGAAAGGGCGGCAAGCGAAACAGCAACGAGGACAGACAGCGGAGAGAGGAACGGGAGGAUUCUGAAGAAGCAAAGGCGAGGAGAAAGAAGAGACGGACACCGGAGAAGCACGAAGUCGAAGUUUCUGCAGAAGCGAUUCAAGUUGCCAUCAUGGACCAUGACCAGUUGUACGAAAAGCUGCUAACCCACCAGAACGUGGAGCUGAAGGAAGUGUACCUACAUCUCAGAGCGCGAGGCAUGCAAGUCAGCAUGGCAGCGACUAAGGCGUAUCUCCAAGCUGCUGGAGUUUACUUCGCCACCCCUUGGCGGUCGCAAUCCGGAGAAGAUUAA